UUUUCUCUUACUCCUUUUUAGGAUUAUCUGGGAGCUUGCAUUGUCCUCACCGCCUCUAUUGCAUCCAUUAGUGGGUCUUCCAAUUCUGGAUUGGUGGGCUUAGGUCUUCUGUAUGCACUUACGAUAACCAAUUAUUUGAAUUGGGUUGUGAGGAACUUAGCAGACCUGGAGGUCCAGAUGGGAGCAGUGAAGAAAGUAAACAGUUUCUUGACGAUGGAGUCUGAGAACUAUGAAGGCACCAUGGAUCCUUCUCAAGUUCCUGAACAUUGGCCACAGGAAGGGGAGAUCAAGAUUCAUGAUCUGUGUGUCAGAUAUGAAAAUAAUCUGAAACCUGUUCUUAAACACGUCAAGGCUUACAUCAAACCUGGUCAAAAGGUGGGCAUCUGUGGUCGCACUGGCAGUGGGAAGUCAUCCUUAUCUCUGGCUUUCUUCAGAAUGGUUGAUAUAUUUGAUGGAAAGAUAGUCAUUGAUGGGAUAGACAUUUCGAAACUACCGCUGCACACGCUGCGUUCUAGGCUUUCCAUCAUUCUGCAGGAUCCAAUAUUAUUCAGUGGUUCUAUUAGGUUUAAUUUAGAUCCAGAGUGCAAAUGCACAGAUGACAGACUCUGGGAAGCUCUAGAAAUUGCUCAGUUGAAGAAUAUGGUCAAAUCUCUACCAGGAGGUCUAGAUGCCAUUGUCACUGAAGGUGGGGAGAACUUCAGCGUUGGACAGAGACAGCUGUUUUGCCUUGCUAGGGCCUUUGUCCGCAAGAGCAGCAUUCUCAUCAUGGAUGAAGCGACAGCUUCCAUCGACAUGGCCACAGAAAACAUUUUGCAGAAAGUGGUAAUGACAGCUUUUGCAGACCGCACCGUGGUUACAAUAGCUCAUCGGGUUCACACUAUUCUGACGGCAGACCUAGUCAUUGUGAUGAAGCGAGGGAAUAUUUUAGAAUAUGACACUCCAGAAAGCCUCUUGGCCCGGGAAGAUGGAGUAUUUGCAUCUUUUGUUCGUGCAGACAUGUGAAGAGAUUUCUUAAAACAACACGUGUAUUUAAAAUAAUGUAGUCAUAACCUACUUAACGGAUCAUUGGCUUGACCUUCGUCAAGUGGCAUCUUAAACUUUUACACAUUUUCUUAAAGCUUAUUUGUUACGUUGUGAAACUUCCUAAUUAGUAACAAUGUCACUUUACCAAUGAAUAUUGUAUUUCCUGUUCUGACAUUUCCUCUUCCUAGUUUUGUUUUCUAAGAUAUUACUGCUUACUAUGUUCAUUAAUGAUGUUUUUCUAAUGAGUAAGCCACUUUAGAAUAGCAGAUUGCGUUAAAACAUCUAAGCGACUUUAAGUGGUAAAUCAACAGCUAUGUUUUCUCAUAAUUUUAAGUCUGGCAAAUAUCUUCUCAGGCAUAGAAGUUACAUUGAGUAUUCAGUAUUAUUAUAUUCUUAUUUGUAAGGAUAUAUUAUCCUUUUUGUUGCUGUCUCCAGAUGUUAUUUGAAGAGAAUAAAAGAAGGACAGGUUUUAGAAUCAGUUCCAAAAUGAAACAGUCAAAUUCAUUAUCUACUGUAUGAGAAUAUUUUCUGUAUUCAUUAACAUUAGUAAUACUGAUGUUUCCUUUAGCAGUCUCUGUUUUUCAUCUAAAUUGUAUCCUGUCACUAAGAAGUUAUGACAUUUAUAGUAGUUCUGUAAAGUCAAAGUCUUAACUAGAAAGAUCAUGAAAAGUGUUUGGAUAUUUGAAAAAUUAUACUCAAGUUUCCGUUUUUGCCUAUCUAGUAAGGAAAGAGGUCUUAAGAUAUCAAACAUAAUGUGCCUUUCCCAGAGUAAUUCAAAGUCAUUUCAAAGAGUGAUUAGGUUCAGUCCUUCAGUGGCAGGCCAGCUAAAGCUUUCUAUGGUUUAAUUCAUCAUUAGAUGUGGUUAUGAUCUUGAGCUCUAAAAUGCCACAUUAUUUAAGAUGCAGGAGCAUAGGCAAGUGGCCUUAUUUGCACAGGAGAUAUAUGUAUCUAUCUCAAGUAUGUGUUUCUAGUGGAAGAGUGUACUUCUUUUAGACAUUUUUGCCCAAUGGUGUCACACAUGUAUCCAUUUGCUCUUGUUCUGAUUUUAAUGUGCAUGGAAAAAGUGUAUCAAAAAUGUUAUUCUAAUUGUAAUGUGCAUCUUAACAGUGUAUCAAAAAUCCAUGGUAUACUAAUGUUAUGUUUUGCUUAAAUGUAAAAUAAUAAAUUUAAAAAUACCAAAGGUUACCUUCACUGUCAUGCUAUCAGCCAAAGCUUUCUACUGUGAUUCUGUACCCAUCUCGUAUAAAUCUCAUUGAUUUUCUUAUGAGGAUUCACAUGCAUAAUAAGGUUUUGAAGAAUUAUGAUUGAUGGAAAAAGAGAAUUUAUGCUCCCUCCCUAUAGUUCUUGUGUUCAGUUUAUUGUAUUGUGUGUUCACUCUUGGAAAAUCUGUAAUACUUGUUUAUCCAGAAAAUAUGACUGGGCCUUUACGUGAAUAUAGAGCUCUUAUGGUUUAACAAAAAUAAGUUCUACAAGGAUUGACAAAAAUGUUCUAUGUCAUUUAGCUUAAAUUGUCACCCUGUGUUGUAUAUAGAAAACUUCAUUGGGGGAAAAAAAUCCUCUUAUUGCUUCCUGAAAGCUAAACAGAACAGAAUCAGUAACUACUAACUCGAUCUAGAAAAUAUUUUCUAAAAAUUCCACCAGUCUGCUCAAAGUAUUGCUAGCAUGCACAUGUUUUGUAGGGCUGAAUUUACAUGACACUUGUUACUGAAUUACCUCAUUCUCACGGAAAUGGGGAUUUACCCAUAGAAAAUAGUCCCUUACAAUAUCUGUAAAUUAUACUGCUACAUAGACAACAUCAGCAGAAGCAUAUUUAAUUACACUAAAGUGAGACUCAUGUUUACCAUUCUUGCACCCAAGAGAUCACUGGUUCCCUCAUAACUUUUCGCCACUUAAGUUGAGUCAGUGUUUAAUUGUUUACAAAACUAAAUUGACUGAAUAAAGUCAGGGAUGAUUUUUUAAAUUGUUUAAUCAUUUAUUAUGUUAUAUGUGUUAUCUAUUGAAUACAAAAAUGAUUUAUUUUGAAUAAUUUUUUACUAAAGAGGUACAUAGCUAUAAAAGACCAGCUUAACCAAAUCAAAUUUAUAUUUACAAAUUUUACAUUUAAUUAACCAAAUCACUUUUAUAAAUUUUGAUUCCUUAAUAUUUGUUAAAAGCAAUAAAUGUAUAAACUUUAUAUUAAAAUAACAAAGUUACUGAUAUCAUUAAAAGAGAAAAAAUAUCUCUCUUAAAUGAUUACAUAUCCUCUACUUUUAUACUUCUACUGUUGAUCCAUUUAAAAGUCAACUUAGCUCUAGAUUAGAUACCAGAAGACCAUUCUAAGAAAAGGAUGCUUGAGAUCUGGGACCAUGUCUUGUUUGUCUGGCCCACAGUAGGCCCUAAUAAGUAUAGUUGAUUGAUCCGUUGACAAGUUUCACCACUAGCCAUGUGCCUAUAACUAUGGGUUAUUCUCUUCAGUUUGUGUUGUGUUUAUUCUACUGUGAAAAUAUAUUGGCUUGGCAUUGUAUAAUAAAUUACUCUUUUUGUCUGCUCAGUUAAA